AGGGGACACACAGGUGUGAGUGGUUGAGCCUUUGAAGGGUGGAUUUAAUUAAUCAGAGUUCAUUGUACAGUUCACCACUCUGGGGAGUAUGGGCCAUUGCUUUACCUGUGCAUAGUUGCAUACGCCUAGUAUUGUAUAGUUACAUACACUAUAGUACAACUAAUCCUUACUUUUACUAGUGUAUCCAGCACAGUCACUCAUCGAAUCCAAUAAUAUACCAUGACAGUCAAGGGCAGCGUUCAGACGCAGUUCGAUUCGCGCAAAGCACAUUACAUGCGUGAACUUGCCAGUGCGGUACCAGACAGAUCCAGGAAGGGGUUCGCAGACUAUCCCGUACUUCCCAUAUUAGACCAUAUCAAUGCAUUACACGACUUCUUUACCACCAGCUCCUGCUCAGGGCGUGUUGCGGUGUAUAAGGAACACCCCACAGUUGCCAUGGAGACGGCUACUCUCAAUACUCUGUCCGGUGUGGGGGAUGGGAGAGAUGCGUCCUCAGACGACGCAGGUGCAAGAACACAAGAAGGCAACGUAACAAGUGUGAAGGAGAAGGACGAUUCAAAAGUACCGGACAUUACACACAUAUCCACACAACUACGCACACACCAUAACGAACCAACAUCACAAUACAUCCCCCCGGCAAUGCACAAGGCGGAGGUAUCGGUGGACAAGCGGAAGGGUGGUGGCUGGCUGUUUGUAUCGCAUGAAGUGGUUGCUAUGCCAACGGAUGAUCAAGAACUUAUAAAGAUGUAUCUACCAGAACAUAACAGUAUAGAUAGUGAUAGUACGAAGGCACACGAUAGUAAUAAAGACAGUCAAGCCACAACACCGUUACUUAUAUACCUGAAGAUGGAGCCAGUAAUUCUGCAUGUAGAAGCCAGAUCGGUAGAGAGAGCAAGAGACAUCCUCAAUGUAGCACUGUCCUGUGGCUUUAAGUCGUCAGGAAUCGUAACCACCCCAAAACGGCAUAUCAUCCACAUCCGAGGCAACCUAAAAAUAGAUGCCCCCAUAGCAACGGUAUCUAACGGGCUCAUUGUGUCGCCCAGUUAUUUGCGCAUUCUCACACAGGCAGCAAACCACAAGAUGCGUCAGAACUUGCAAUCCAUGGAUAGGUUUUUGAGCGCAUUACAAGCCGCAGAUCUGGACAAUACACAUCACAAAAGUACCGCACCGAAAGAGUCGAAGGAGGAGAAGCGGCUGAGAAAACUGGCAGCCGGAAUGGCUAUACAGAAGGAAGUGCAACAGCAAAAGCGCGCCAAAAGAGAGCAGCAGCAGCGACUGAAAGAACUGCAGGAGAGCGAGUCAUAAUAAAUCUAUAAAUAGAAC